AUGAAACUUGACGGCAAAGUAGCGAUUGUAACCGGCGGCAGCCGUGGGAUUGGACGCGCCAUCUGCCUGGGGCUGGGCGACGCCGGGGCGAAGGUAGUCGUAACAUCUCGUACUGAAGCAGACAGGUCAGCCGGCACCCAGUACGAAAAGUACGGGUCGGGCGACAUAGGUGAUACCGCAGCGCAAAUCACCGCCCGGGGAGGCACGGCGAUACCGGUCCACUGCGACGUGGCGCAGGUCAAUGACAUUCAAGACCUGAUGACCGCCACGCUCGACCAUUUCGGCCGGAUUGACGUUCUCGUUAGCAAUGCGGGCAUGGACUGCGAGGGAGGCUCCAUAUACUGCGUGACCUCCGGCUCCGCCAGGGGAUACCGGCAGGGACGAGUCGGCUAUUCGAUGAGCAAAGCAGCGCUGGAGAGGAUGUUUUUCAGCUUGGCAGAGGAGGUCAGGCCCCACAACAUCGCGGUCAACGUCCUGGACCCCGGCCGGGUGGACACCUGGAUGAACCGGCGCGGGGACUGGCCGGGAACCUCCCACAUACCCAUGGUCCAGCCCGAUGCCCUGGCCCCGCCAGGCGUAUGGCUGGCAGGGCAGACCGCCGAAACCCUGACGGGCGCGUUGGUGUCACGAGCAGAAUUCGGAGUGACCUGGGGUCCAGAGAAAGACAAGGCAACAUGA